AUGGCCCAGCAGCUGGACCGCGCGGGCACCUCGGGUUAUUUCCUGUCCCUGCCCCCGCUCGAGUCCAACUUCGAGCAGGACGUGGCCCUGCAGGUCUACCUCUCCUCGCUGCUGGGCGGCGGAGGCGCCGGCGGCGUGGAGGACGAGGCCUUGGCGGACCUGCGGCGCUUCGGCCGCCGCUGCGUGCGCGAGCUGGACCCGCUGGCCCGGGAGAUGGAGAGGCAGGGGCCACGGCUGGAGGCCUUCGAGCCCUUCGGCCAGCGCGCCAACAGGCUGUUGGUCUGUGGCGCGUGGCGGCGCAUGAAGGAGAUCUCGGCCGAGGAGGGCCUCAUAGCGCUCGGGUACGAGCACGAGGAGAAGGGCCGGCCUCGCCGGCCGGUGCUGAACCACCGGCUGCACCAGGGCGUGAAGCUGCUCUGCUUCGGGCCCAGCGCGGGCAUGUUCAGCUGCCCGCUGGCGAUGACGGACGGGGCGUGCAAGCUGGCCAGCGCCUUUCCACGGCACGCGUGGCUGCAGAAGGUCAAGGUGCACUGCACGAGCAGGGACCCUCGGGAGUUCUGGACCAGCGGGCAGUGGAUGACCGAGCGGGCGGGGGGGAGCGACGUCACUGGAGGGACGAGGACCGCCGCCACGCAGGUCGGCAGCGCCUCUUCGGGUGAGGGCGACGAUGCGUCCUGGAGCCUCAGCGGCUACAAGUGGUUCAGCUCUGCUGCGGAUGGGGAGGUGUCCAUCACCUUGGCCCGCGUGGGGAGCGACAAGAAGCCGACGUGCUUCGGGGUGGAGACGAGGCAGGAGGAUGGUCAGAGCCUGAAGGACUCUAUCCAGCUGGUUCAGCUGAAGGAUAAGCUGGGGACCCGGCAGCUUCCCACUGCGGAGCUGGAGCUCACGGACUUGGAUGCAGUGAGGAUCGGUGAGCGCGGCCACGGUGUCGCUGCCAUCUCCGCGCUGCUGAACAUCACCCGCGUUCACAAUUGUCUCGGGGCUUGCGGCUUCAGCUCGCGGGCCCUGGUGAACGCGAAGCGCUUCGCGCUGUACAGGGAAUCCUUUGGCAGGAGGCUCUGCGAGAACGAGCUGCACCUGCACACCCUGCUGCAGCUGGAGGUCGCUUACAGGGCCAGCCUGUUCCUGACACUAGACGUAACGCGCAUGCUGGGAGAGCUGGAGUACAGGCAGGUGCACUCCGCCGAUCCUGUCCCAGGCUGCUUCCAGGACUUCUCCACGCCAGAGCUGGAGGCGCUGGUGCGGACUCUGACCCCGAUGGGCAAGCUCUACACCGCCAAGCAGUCGGUGCUGAUCUGCUCGGAGGCGCUGGAGUGCCUCGGGGGCGUGGGCUACCUGGAGACCUCGGGCAUGCCGCAGCUGCUGCGGGACACGCAGGUCCUGCCGGUCUGGGAGGGCACCACCAACGUCUGCUGCCUGGACAUCCUCCGGGCGCUCUCGCACCCGCCCGCCGGGGGGGCCCCGCCGGCGGAGGCGCUGCAGAAGUGGCUCCGCGCGCAGGCGGAGGGCUCGAGGUGGGCCGGGGCGCUGCAGGAGGCGUGGGAGCCGCUGCGGGCCCGCGCGGGGGAGCUGGGCGCGCCGGCCGAGGGCGGCGGCCCCCGCGCCCUGUGCAGGGAGCUCGGCCUCUCGCUCUGCAGGCUCGCCGCCGCGGCGAGCCUGGCGGGCGCCUGGCGGCGGCUGCCGGCGCCUGGGCGCCCCGCCGCGGAGCUGGUGGUCGACGAGUUCCUCUGCGCGGACUCCGGCCUGCAGAUCGGGCGCAUCGCCGCCCGGAGGCUGGACGCCGCCCCGCCCCCGAGGCGCCUGGCGCAGCUGGCCGUGUUCGGCCCAGAGGUUCAGCUCGGCGCUGUCGCGGCCUCCAAGCUGUGA